AUGUUCGGAGCAAGCUUGGAUGCAGUUGCCGAUUGGAAAUACGAAUACGCCAGUACGGGGGGUACCGAUAAAUUACGCCCUCUGCAACGCCUGAUUGGCCCCCCACUUCGCACCGUGUAUUUUACAGAGUACGCGAUACGACGAACUACAUACAUCGACACAUUUACAAGCGGCUCUUGUUUUGUCGGCGUGAUUGUUACCCCGGCGUCAGUCAGCUCUGUUCAAGCAGCUGGGGCCGGUGACACUGCUGCUGUCUUCAAGAAUUUGGCAGUUUUGACAGGUAGGAAGGGUUGGACAGAAGUGGAUAGGAAGCUACGCAGCGUCGAAGGACCUUGGAUCCUCCCUUGA